AUACAACCUUGAAUUCAAAGAAAUAUUGAAUCAGUAGUCCAAUAUAACUGAAGCCCAAAUAGUAGAUUAACGAUCCAGAAGCCCGUAUAUACUUACACCUAUACACACAGCAGCGCCGAGUCCUAAGAAACACAAAAACAAUCCCAAUGGAGCGCGCAAACAACAAACGCAGCCGUGAAGCUGCCGGAAUCAACGCCGCCGCCGACGACAACAUUGACCUCUCACUCCUCGAAGCCGUCGAGAAGUCGCAAAACUCCAUCCAAGUCCUCGACGUCAAAACCCUAAAACGCCUCGUCCUCGCCUUCGAGCGCAAGUUCCGCGACAAUAUCGCCGCCCGCCUCAAAUACCCCGACAAUCCCGAGAAAUUCGCCGACUCGGAGCUGGAGCUCCAUGACGAGAUCGAGAAGCUCAAAAUCCUCGCCGGAGGCCCCGAAUUGUACCCGGAGCUAGUGAACUUAAACACAAUCCCCUCGAUACUCUCGUUGUUGAAUCACGAUAACACGGAUAUCGCUCUCGAUGUCGUAGGAUUGAUUCAGGACUUGACUGAUGAGGAUGUGUUGGAAGAUAAUGAUGAGAAUGCUCAGGUGUUGGUGGAUUGUUUGAUUGAGAACAAUGUGCUUGAGUUGUUGGUCCAGAAUUUGUUGCGAUUGAAUGAGAACGAUAGCGAUGAGAUGGCAGGCGCGUAUAAUACGCUUGCUACCAUUGAAAAUUUAAUUGAGGUUAGGCCUGCUGUGGCGGAAAUGGUGUGUGAAAGGACUAAGUUGUUGAGGUGGUUGUUAGGGAAGAUUAAGGUGAGGGAGUUUGAUGGGAAUAAGCAGUAUGCGUCGGAGAUUUUGGCCAUUUUGUUGCAGACGAGUGCGGGGAAUCAGAAGCGGUUGGGGGGAAUCAAUGGAGUGGAUGUUGUGUUGCAGUCGGUGGCAAUGUACAAGUCCAGGGAUCCGAAGAGUUCGGAUGAGGAGGAGAUGGUGGAGAAUUUGUUUGAUUGUUUAUGUUGUCUGUUGAUGCCGUUGGAGAAUAAGGAGAAGUUUUUGAAAGCUGAAGGGGUUGAGUUGAUGAUUAUUAUUAUGAAUCAGAAGAAGUUGUGUUAUGGAUCUGCGAUUAGGGCGCUUGAUUUUGCUAUGACUAAUUAUCCUCCGGCUUGUGAGCGGUUUGUGGAUGUUAUGGGGCUGAAGACUGCUUUUCCGGCUUUUAUGGGUAAGGUUCCAAUGAACAAGAACAAGAAAAGACGAAACAAAGAAGAACUUGAAGAGCGCCUUAUUUCACUUGUUGCAUCAUUAUUUGGAGGAAUUUCUAGAGGUUCUAGAAGGGAACGAUUAUUGAGUAAAUUCGUUGAAAAUGAGUUUGAAAAGAUAGAUCGGUUGAUGGAGCUGUAUAUGAGAUAUUCUAAUAGAGUAAAAGCAGAGACUGAACGGCUGAAUAACCACGAACUUGAUGAUUUAGAGAUGGACGAAGAGGAAAUCUAUAACAGAAAGCUUGAAUCGGGACUAUAUAGUCUUCAGUUGAUUGCUGUUAUUCUUGGCCAUCUCUGGACAUCUGAUCACUCUGGAAUUAAAGCUAGAAUAGAACUACUACUUAAGCAGCAGAAACUUACUAGGAAGGAUGUGAGGGACAUCCUGCAGGAAUACCAUGAUAAUAUCGGAGAUCUUGAUGGUCCAGAAGAGAAGGAGAGGGUGCAGACAAAGAUUGAGAAAUUCAUAUCAGCCCUUUAAAAUUAUAAUUUGUUGUAGAACUGUAGAAUCUACUCUUAAGCUGGUUUCCUUAUGAAGCCAGAAAAUAGGAAGUAUUUUCAGAUUUCCGAAAAGGGGAGACUUGCUUGCUUUAAUGUGGAUAUUGGAAAAAUUUAUGUCUAGGCUUCAAAAGUAGAUUUAUGGAAGAACACAUUGAAACGGACAAGGUUGUACUGCAAAGUUUUGAAUUGAUUAUAUUUUUAAUAUCAUUGGACCAUCA